AUGCAGCGUGCGUUGACUGCCAGAGCUCGGGCCUCGGCCCUUUCCUCGAGCUCCGCCUCCAGAUUACGGCCUGCCGUUGCUGGCAUUAACCUCCAGCAGCAGAGAUUUGCUCACAAGGAGCUCAGAUUUGGCGUGGAAGGUCGCGCUUCUCUGCUCCAGGGUGUCGACACUCUGGCCAAGGCCGUCGCCACGACUCUCGGUCCCAAGGGCCGAAACGUCUUGAUUGAGUCCCCUUACGGCUCUCCUAAGAUCACCAAGGAUGGUGUCUCUGUUGCCAAGGCAAUCACCCUCAAAGACAAGUUCGAGAACCUUGGCGCUCGUCUCCUCCAGGACGUCGCCUCCAAGACCAACGAGGUUGCUGGUGACGGUACCACUACUGCCACUGUCCUUGCCCGUGCAAUCUUCUCCGAGACUGUCAAGAAUGUUGCUGCUGGCUGCAACCCCAUGGACCUCCGUCGCGGUACCCAGGCUGCCGUUGAGGCUGUUGUUGAGUUCCUGCAGAAGAACAAGCGUGACAUUACCACCAGCGAGGAGGUUGCUCAGGUCGCUACCAUUUCCGCCAACGGUGACACCCACAUUGGCAAGCUCAUUGCCAGCGCCAUGGAGAAGGUCGGCAAGGAGGGUGUCAUCACCGUCAAGGAGGGCCGCACCAUUGACGAUGAGCUCGAGGUCACCGAGGGUAUGCGCUUCGACCGCGGAUACGUUUCCCCCUAUUUCAUGACCGAUGCCAAGACCCAGAAGGUCGAAUUCGAGAAGCCCUUGAUCCUUCUCUCUGAGAAGAAGAUCUCCGCCGUCCAGGACAUUCUGCCCGCCCUCGAGGCCUCCACCCAGCUUCGCCGCCCCCUUGUCAUCAUUGCUGAGGACAUUGAUGGCGAGGCCCUUGCUGUCUGCAUUCUCAACAAGCUCCGUGGCCAGCUCCAGGUUGCUGCCGUCAAGGCCCCCGGCUUCGGUGACAACCGCAAGUCCAUCCUUGGUGACCUUGGUAUCCUCACCAACGGUACCGUCUUCACCGAUGAGCUUGACGUUAAGCUCGAGAAGUGCACUCCCGACAUGCUCGGUUCGACUGGUUCCAUCACAAUCACCAAGGAGGACACCAUCAUCCUCAACGGUGAGGGUACCAAGGACAGCAUUGCUCAGCGCUGCGAGCAGAUCCGCGGCGUCAUGAACGACCCCGCCACUUCCGAGUACGAGAAGGAGAAGCUCCAGGAGCGCCUUGCUAAGCUCUCUGGUGGUGUUGCUGUCAUCAAGGUUGGUGGUGCCUCCGAGGUCGAGGUCGGUGAGAAGAAGGACCGCUUCGUUGAUGCCCUCAACGCCACCCGUGCUGCCGUCGAGGAGGGUAUCCUCCCUGGCGGUGGUACUGCCCUCCUCAAGGCCGCUUCCCAGUCCCUUGGCGGUGUCAAGACCGCCAACUUUGACCAGCGUCUUGGUGUCAGCAUCAUCAAGAGCGCCAUCACUCGCCCUGCGCGCAUGAUUGUCGAGAACGCUGGCACUGAGGGCAGCGUUGUCGUGGGCAAGCUCAUGGACGACUUUGGCGCCGACUUCAACAAGGGUUACGACAGCUCUAAGGGCGAGUACGUUGACAUGAUUGCUGCUGGUAUCCUUGACCCCUUCAAGGUUGUCCGCACUGCCCUCACUGAUGCCAGCGGUGUCGCUUCGCUGCUCGGUACCACUGAGGUUGCCAUUGUUGACGCUCCCGAGGAGAAGGCCGCUCCUGCCAUGCCGCCCAUGGGCGGCAUGGGUGGCAUGGGUGGCGGCAUGUUCUAA